AUGAAUACAUAUCCCAUUAUUUUUGUUUUCGUAUUAUUCUUUGUAUCAAGUAAGAUGCGGACAACAAAACAAUAUAGACCAUACUUAGAAAAAUACCCAUUAUAUAAUUGCGAUAAAAAGAAGCAUUGCACUAAAGGUGGUGACAAGGUUUGUGCCAUCAACUAUGAUACGAAUAUAAUUGUCGAAUUUCCUGACAAGUGCACCUAUUAUGGAGCAAACUGCGCUAGACACGGAGAUUAUUGGUCUCUUGAAGAUCAAGAUAAUUGCAAACCAGCCAUAAUUUUUGUAACGAAAAUCAGACUCACGAAUCGUGAAUAUUAUUUGACAAAAUCGCCCUCUUCGGAUAAUACUACCACAAAGCCCAGGGCCAGGGCCAAGCAUAACGUUUUCAAUAUACAGAAAUAUACAGAAAUAUAA